GGCGGAGCGGGAGAGGGUGGGACGGGGCACUGUUCAGGAAAUACCGGAGACUGGGCCCGACACCGGGAGCAAUGACUCCAUGGCCGCCGUGCUGACACUGAGGUGGGAAACAUGGCGGACAGGCCGUGAAUGACACGACGACAGGGGAGGCAGACGGGACAAUGUGGAGCCGCCUCGGAGCCCUCCUGCAGCAGGCCGUGGAGACGCGGGAGCCGACUCAGGACCUUCUGCAAUCCUUCAUCCAGCACUGGAGAGGGGUGACCCAGUACUACCUGGAGACAACCGACGAGUCCUGUCCGGCCCGUAACACGGACAUCCCAUGGCAGCUCCGUCAGCUUCUGGACAUCCUUGUGUACGAGGAAAACGAAUGUGGGACCAGAGGAGACCCAGAGGAUGGAAAUAUCAGCGGACCUGCCGACAACACUGGACCCUGCAUGGAGUACCUACUGCAGCACAAGAUACUAGAAACACUCUGCACCCUGGCUAAAGCUGAGUACCCGCCUGGGAUGAGAGAGCAAGUCCUGGUGUUCUUCAGUCGCCUCCUGACCAAGGUGCAGCGCCCCCUGCUGCAUUACAUCAACGUCCACCGGCCUGUACAAAAGCUGAUCGCCCUGGGUGGAGAUACUGUUGGGGUCACAGCACACAAGGAGGAGUUGCAAUUCCUGCUUUCUAUCUGCAGCCAACUGGAGAAGGAGCCAUCACUCCUCUGCCAUGUCCUGGAGAGUGAGAAUUUAAGGGGCACCCUGUCUGCUGCAGGCGAGGAAGAAGAAGCCGUAGGACCUAGCAAGAAGAAACCUAAGCAGUCCUUGUUCAAAGCUGUGCUGAGACUCUGCCUCUGUCAGUCACAGACCGGGCGACUGGCGGUGCGUGCCAGGGAGGCGCUCCUCGGGGUUCUGCGUGCCGCUCAGCAGGAGCGUCCAGCACAUCUCAUUGCACAGAGUGACCUGAGCCAGCAGGUGGCGCAACGUCUGUGCGAGCUGCACAGUGAGAUUCCUCUGAGCACUCACCCGUGUGACAUUACAGCCGCAGAUGACACAGACUGGAGGACUGAGGUCGGCAGUGAGGAAUACAAUGCUAUGCCGCCUGAAGUGGCAACUGUGAGGAGGUUUCUGUGCUGGGUGGAAUUCUGUAAUUGCCUCUUAAAGGAGUCCCAUGAGAUGAUCGCUGUGACCAUAGCAGAUUCCAUAGCAGAUGGCUACCUGAAAGUGAUUCUACAAGAGGAACUUCUCCAUGUAUCCGAGCUCCGUAUCCUACGAAGCACGGCUCUGCUCUCUGCACUGCUCCAGCGCCUGGGCCCUUCCCCACUAACCCAUAGACUGGUGAGUUACCUGCUGGGAGAUGACAGAGCCCCGGAGAAGAGGAGCGACCAUGUGCCACAGCUGCGGACGCAGCUCAUCCAGAGGUGUAACCACUUGUCUGAUGAGAUAAGUCUUGCUACAUUGCGGCUCUUCGAGGAGAUACUACAGCUACCCGAGGAGAUGUGUAUUCACAGCCUGGUGCUGCGUAACCUGGAGUCAAGGAGCUACCUGUCCGCAGUCCAUGAGGAGGGCAGAGUACAAGACAGCGAGGCUUUUGAAGGCGCAGAUGAGCUGGAAGAAGACCCCUACUUCACAGACGGGUUUCCAGAUACAGGCCUGAGGCUUAAUAAUGGAAACCAACAUCGUGGUACAGAAUCUGCAGGAACAGAGCAGAGUGUCAGGAGCUUCCUGUCACUGGUUCCAGAGGAGAUGAAAUCUUCAGACUCAGGUUUUGACACUUACCUGCAGGACGCCCUGGUACAGUACCGAAGCUGCUGUCGGCGUGCGUCAUCAUGGGGAUGGCCGCCGUCACCUCAACCACUAAAAACGGAUCACCCCGGACAGGAGGAAAUCUACGAGGGUCUUUUCCUUCAGGUUCUGUUCGAUCGUUUGGGUAGCAUCCUGGACCAGCCAUAUGAAGUGAAUCUGCAGGUCACCUCUCUGCUCACCCGCAUAGCCCUCUUCCCUCACCCACACAUCCAGGAAUAUCUUCUGAACCCCUUCAUCAGCCUGGCCCCCGGUGCACGGACCCUCUUCUCUGUGCUAGUACGGGUGGUUGCAGACCUCGCCCAGCGAUCUCAGCGGGUAUCAGAUUUCCGGGAGUUGCUCCUUCUCGUUAGAAGACAAUUGAUGGGGGAACCUGCUGUUCAUCCGUUGGCGCAUGAAACACUAUGCAAAGGCGUCGUCGUCCUGGAGGAGUUCUGCAAGGAGCUGGCGGCAGCUGCCUGUGUCACCCACCAUCCCCUCAGCAUCUAAUGUCAACGUAAUGGGACAUGGAAAUAGCCAUGAAUUCAAGUGCAAUAGCUCUAAUGUCUCCUUGGAGACACCCAAGACUAUAUUGUCUUAUGACCUUACCGUGCCUUGUUUCGAAAUCCCUGGAGCUUGGAGGAGCUGGGCCUCUUCCAAUUUUAUUGUAAUGGGGCUUCCACCAUAGUGGGGUCCACUUCCCACCAGCUCUUGCAGCCCCUUAGUGACUGUUUAGGUAGGUCCUGCAGGGUCUUUGUUUCGCCCACCGUGCUGCCACAUCUUUCCCUCAUCCGUAAUUUUAUCCUGUUCGUUGCUUUGGUUUUAUGCAGUGUAUGUGGGGGGUUUAUCGGUUUUUAAUUUUUUUUAACCCAUCAGUGGGCUGCUUAAAGAGGACCUUUCAUCAGUUUUGACAUAGGCAAAUUAUGGUAGUACCUUGU